AUGGACACCACUCACCAAGAAGAGGCACAAACAGCCACCACCACCACCACCUCCUCCUCCUCCGCGCCCUCAACAGCCCCCCCAAACCCGCCCAUGUCCAAAAACGCCCUCAAGCGCCUCCGCAAGCAGGAAGAAUGGGAGGCCGGCAAGGACGACCGCCGCAAGCGCCGCAAGGAGAAGCGCCACGAGCGCAAGACGCGCGCCCGCUCCGAGCGCGCCGCCCUCAUCGCCCAGGGCGUCGACCCCUCGGACCUGCAGAAGAAGAAGACGCCGUCGACGCUCGUCCCGGUGGGCAUCAUCAUCGACUGCGACUUUGAGGAGUACAUGAUGGACAAGGAGCGCGUGUCGCUGUCGAGCCAGGUCACGCGCGCGUACUCGGACAACAAGCAGGCGCGGUACCGCGCGCACCUCUGGGUCGCGGGCUUCAACAAGGGGAUUGCCAAGAGGUUCAACGAGGUCCUCGGUGCUCAGCAUAAGAAGUGGAAGGGCAUCUGGUUUGACGACGGGGACUUUUUGAGUUGCGCGGCCAAGGUCCGCGAGAGGAUGAACGCUGCUGAUGGCAGCGGAGGCGAGAUGAUUGAGUCGCUGCAGCGCAGUCUCGACGAGGCUCCGGCGUGGACGCGCGACGAGACUGAUCCUUUUCCUCUCCCUGAUCCGGAGCCUCCUCUGGAUGAGGCGAACAAGGACGUCGUGUACCUGUCGUCGGAUUCCCCGUACACGCUCGAGCGGUUAGAACCCAACACAUGCUACAUCGUAGGCGGACUGGUCGACAAGAACCGCGAAAAGGGCCUUUGCUAUCGCCGCGCGGGGGAAAAGGGCAUUCGAACGGCCAAGCUGCCCAUUGGCCAGUUCAUGGUGAUGCAGAGCCGGCAGGUCCUGGCGACCAACCACGUUGUGGAGAUUAUGCUCAAGUGGUUAGAGUGUGGCGACUGGGGGCGGGCGUUUCUCAGCGUGAUUCCCAAGAGGAAGGGCGGGAGAUUGAGAGGCGAGGAGCCUGGUGAAGAUGCUGGUGAAGGCGAAGGUGAAGGCGAGGCGGGGGAGGAGGAGGAGGAGGAGGAGCACGAGGAUGACGAAGGGGAGAAGGCCGGAGAGGCCGAGGUAUCAGAAAGCAAGGAACAAGGUCUCGCUCAAGUAGAUGCCACGGCAGAUGCUGGAGAUGAAAACAAAGCUGAACAAGUAGAAGAGACUUCAUCAUAG